CAUCGAAAGAGGCCCUCGUUAGAAAUUGGAGAAACUGAGAAGAGGAGGAGGAGCAGGAGGAGAACACUUUGAGAUGGCUGGUGCUCAAGACACGAAUGAUGGCGGUGUGCGAUUGAUCGCGGAGAACAUCCAAGGAGACCCUGCUAGGGGAAUGGAGAAGCUUGGAGGAGGAGGAGGAGGAGGAGGAGGAGGAGGAGGAGGAGGAGGAGACCUUGAUAUGUCUGGCAUUCAAGAAACGAGUGAUGACAGUGUGCGAUUGGUCGCGGAUAGCAUCCAAGCAGCAGGAGGAGGAGGAGGAGGAGACUUCGAGAUGUCUGGCAUUCAAAAAACGAGUGAUGACAGUGUGCGAUUUGUCGCGGAUAGCAUCCAAGCAGCAGCAGCAGCAGGAGGAGGAGGAGGAGGAGGAGGAGGAGGAGGAGGAGGAGGAGGAGACUUCGAGAUGUCUGGCAUUCAAGAAACGAGUGAUGACCGUGUGCGAUUGGUCGCGGAUAGCAUUCAAGCAGACUCCCUUAUGGGAUUGGAGAAGCUGGCUGGGGUGGGGGAAGGAGGAGAAGGAGGGGGAGAAGAAGACUUCGAAAUGGCUGGGGUUGCAGAAACGAGCGAUGCUGGCGUGCGAUUGGUCGUGGAUAACCUCCAAAGAGACACACCAAUUAGAUGGGAGAAGUCGGGAGGAGGAGACGAAGAAGGAGGAAGAAGUACAAGGAACGAUAACUGCCUUGUUAUAGCUUGGGGUAUUACAAACGAUCAAAGAGAGAAAUACGAGGAAGGCGGAAAUGGGAAGGAGGGAGGGGUUGUAGUCGAUGUGAAUCAUUGGAUGACAAACAACGCGUCUGGGCAAGCUUUGGAGAACGGGCGAUCCCCCCCCCGUUCGAGUGGUAUGUCCGAGUCUACAGCAUCGGAGACGUUGGCAGUAGGAGUAGGAAGAGGAGAAGGAGGAGGAGGAGGAGGAGGAGGAGGAGGAGGGAGAGAGAGAGCGAAAGAGUACGGCGGCUCCGAUGUAGCUUGUGAGUCAAUGGAGAGUGAGAGUAAAGAAGGCCAGGAAGAGGAGGAAGAAGGUGUUUGUGAAAAGGGAGGAAGCAAGGCUUUUGAAUGGUUGACGUCAUCGAUCUCUGGGCGUCCUGUACUUGGCGAAGAAAGUAGGAGGGCGGAGAUGGGAGAUGCGAUUUGUAAUUGGAAGAUACCGGAUGUACGAGCAAGAAGACGAGGAGAAGAAAAGGAAGGAGAAAAAGAGGAAAAGGACGGAAAAGAAGAAGAAAAAGACGACGACGACGACGAAGAAGAAGAAGCCGUGGAAGUUGUUGGAGGUAAUGGAGAACUGGAGGCUGUUGAACGGCGGGGCCAUGAUGGCAUGCACUUAGCCGUAGAGGGAGGACGGGUGGUUGGGGAGCAUUCGGAGGCAACGGAAAGGGAUCGGGAAAACAAUGGCUGCGGAGCGGAGGAGAGUCCGCUUGCGCACGUUGUGGAGCGCGGGGAGGGGGGGGAGGAGGAACAUCGCGCGGGAUCAGAUCGGGAAAACGAAGAUGGCGUCGGGGAGAGUAGAUCGUCUGCGGACGAUGCAAGAGAUUUUAUGGCGAAGUUCCAUGAAGACAUUGACGCAGUCGUGAAGCAAUGCCAGUUCCACAAGGACGUGGUAAUGGAUGCAUUCGUGAGUUUCCUAAGUGUUUAUGGUGAAGAAGGAUGGCCACUGGUGCAGGAAAACAAUUACAAUAUGGUGAUCAGGACGAUAGAGGGAGGAGGAGGAGGAGGAGGAGGAGGAGGCGAACAGAGAGAGAUGGAGGGAGGGAAGACUGACGAUAUGCAGAUGAGGGAGGGAGAAGGGGUGGUGAGGCAGGAGGAGACAAUGCAUGGGGACGCGAAGGAGAGAAGAAGAGAGGAGGAGGAUGGAGAGAAUGGCAGGAAAGGCGGACCGAAAGCAUCCCUUUCGUAUGGAGAGGGGCGAAAUGAUUCAGGUACAGAGGAGAUGAUGUGCGGGGAAGUGCGGGCAGGAAAGAGCACGGAGAUAGCAUCCACCUCCGUGCUUAGAUGCCAAGCGGAUCUCGUUCCUUCUCUUUGUCCAUCCAUUCAGGAACACCGUCAGCAGCAGCAACAGCAGCAUCAGCAGCAGGAGGAAGAGGAGGAGGGGAGCGAUCUGGAGAUAAAUGGACGGAUAAAAGGCAAUGCAGGAUCUGGCGCGGCGGCCAUUGGCCGUUUUGCAGAGUGCGUAGCGCCUCAACUUCAACAUGAACCUGAACCUGAACCUCGUCCUUGUGGACAGGGAAAGGGAAUGGUGGGAUUGGGAAGACGGGGAGAUGAUGAUGGGGGCACGCCCGCCAUGGACAGUCGAUGGGAGAAAGGAACAGUGGUUGAGAAGGGUGAUGGAGUGGAAUCGAGCGACAGUUACGUGAAGGUCAUGGCAACGAAUGUCCCGCCGUGCCGGUUUCGGUAUUAUGAACUUGGCAGUGGUCAUUUGGGGGGUAUGCCAUUUGGAUCUGGCUUUGGAUUUGGAAGUGGAUUCGGUGCACGGAAUGCAAUUGGAGCUGGCGACGGGGCACUUGGGACUGGCUUUGGAUUUGGAAGUGGGAGUGGAAUUGGCGCGGGGUUUGGUAUACAACCCGCAACAAGCACCGGGGGAAACGACAACGGCGGUUCGGUCGCUGGACGAUGGGAGCGGUCUGAGCUGCCAGGAAGUGAUUAUUUGGCGGGUAUCCGAUGUGGACCUGAUAGAGGAAGUGGAAUCGGAUGUGGACCUGUCAGAGGAAGUGGAAUCGGAUGUGGACCUGCUAGAGGAAGUGGAAUCGGAUGUGGACCAGGGGAUGGACCAGGGGAUGCACUUGGACCUAGCGAUGGGGUUGUUGGGACUGCCUUUGGAGUUGGAACUGGGAGCGGAAUUGGCGCGGCGGGAACAAAGAGAGGGGGGAAGGACGACGAGACGGUUGAGGAACGAUGGGAACGGUGUACACCUGGAAUUGAUAAUUUGGCGGGAAUGAGAUCCGGAUCGGGUAGAGGAACUCAUUCUGGCUCUGGACCAGGGAAUGCACUUGGACCUGGCAGUGGGGUUCUUAGGAGUGAUGAUGGAUUUGGCUCUGGACCAUGGACUGCACUUGGACCUGGCACUGGGGUUGUUCGGCGUGGUGGCUUUGGCGUUGGAAGUGGGAGUGGUGGGGGGAAGGAAGACGGAGCGGUUGGACGAUGCGAACGGUCUGCUGAACCUCGACGUGGUCAUUUCGCGGGAAUGCAAUCUGGACCCGGAAGAGGAACUGGAAUUGAUUUUGGAGCUUGGAAUGCAGCAGCUGGAGCUGGCCAUGGGGUUGUUGGGAGUGGUGGUGGGUUUGGAGUUGGACGUGGGAGUGGCCUUGGCGCGGGGGGAUGCGGGAGAGUACUGGGAACGAUGAGCGGGGGGAAGGCAGACGGCUCGGUUGUUGAGCGAUGGGAAGAUGAUGGGAGGCGGAAUAUGGUUUCCGCACGUGGCUCUGUGGGGGAGUGCGCGGGAAACGGGAUGAGCGGUCGUGCAGGGACGUGGGUAGUUGGGGGGGGGGGCGAGAGGAAGAAGAAAGGAGAGGAGGGCAGAGCCGUCGAAGAGAAGAAGAAGAUGGAAAAAGCGGGAAAUGGGAUGAGCGGCCGUGCAGGGACGUGGGUAGUUGGGGGGGGGGGCGAGAGGAAGAAGAAAGGAGAGGAGGAGGAGGGAGCCGUGGAGGAGAAGAAGAUGAUGAAAAAAAUUAAGAGGAAAGAGGAAGAGAGUAAGGUCGUUGGACGUAUGUAUAGCGACGGCCAUAGGGCAAACGGAUGGGCUGAGGGGAAGACGAACAUGAAAGUUCAGACGGUGUCGGGGAAGUCGGGGCCACUGGAGCGGCGGAACGUGUCUUUAGGAGAGGGAAAGGUCGGUCAGGGGGGUGAAGGCGGAAGCGGUAGAGGCAGCGUGGGGGGAAAAGGGGGCGUGGUUGGGAAAUGUACCUAUAGGGCAGAUGAGGGGAGCAAAUUGGCAGGGAGGUCUGGAAUGGGGAAAGAGCGAUUGGACGCCGCGGGGAUGGGGAGAACUCUUGGGGGAGGAGGGGGGUUUGGGUUGUCCGGGGGGAAAGCAUGGAAAGAACGGUCCGACGGCGGCGACGGAGGAACUCGCGGGGGAGAGUCGUUGGGCAGCGGCGGCGCAUGGCGGAAGACGGGUGUUGAGCAUCGGAUCAAGGAGAUGGAGGAGGGGGAAGGUCGUGUGGGGAAUUCGGGCGGCGGGCGGAAGACGGGUGUUGAGCAUCGGAUCAAGGAUAUGGAGGAGGGGGAAGGUCGUGUGGGGAAUUCGGGCGGCGGCCAUCGAUCGGGGAGGGUGAUGAAUGGAGCUAGCAGUGAACUCAAGGAGGAGGAGAGGUGGUCUGAGGGUGGGUUGUUGAGAAAGAGGGAAGAGACACGCCGAGCUUGUGAUGGAGCGGCGGGGAGGGUGAAGAAGAUCGGGCAGAAGGACAGCGGCACGAGGAAGAGAGGUUUCGACUGCGGCAGCGUCGAGGAAGAGAGAACGGUGGUAGGAGGAGGAGAAGCUGGGGGGAUGGGGAGCCAGCAGAGGGGGGAUGAUGUGAGGGGAGAGGAGGAGAGGGUUCUCGACAGGAGGGAGAAGGAAAGGACAGCGGAGAAGGGGAGGACGAAGGAGCAGACUUCUGCUGGGGGCGAUGGAGGAAAGGUGAGCGGUGCGAGCAGAGAUACCAACAGCGGGAAGAAGAGGAGGUGGGCAGGAGGUGGGAGCUGUAGCGGCGACGAGGAAGAGAGAAACUCGCCGGGAAUGACACUCGGGAGGCAGGCGAGAGAGACUGGUGGAAGAGCAGCAGAGGGGAGGAUCCUGGACAAAGGGGAGAAACGAAGGGUUGUCAUCGAGCAGAAGCAGAAGAGGGCGGUUGAUGGGCCCGAAAAAUCAGUGAAGGGGUCCACGGGCGUUGGUUUCGGUGAAGGGGUGAGGGGGGCCGUCGCUUUUCCGAGGAGACGGGAGGUCGACGCGGACGGAUUGAAAAUAGUCAGGGGCAGAAUAGAGGAGAUGGACGAUGCUGAGGGAGGUAGUAGUGCUGAGGAGAGCGGAGGGGGGGCAGGAGGAGGGGGAGGAAGAGUGGGAGGAUCAGCAGGAGGAGAAAGGGGCGGGGGGCUAGGAGAGGAGGGCAACUGCAGGAGCGAACGGGUCGCGACGACGGCUGAGAACAGAAGGACGCCGUCCCAGGGAAGGCGGGAGCCGGAGGAGGGUGCCAGUUCUGAUGACGAUGAUGACUUAGCCUUGAAGUUUAGGAGGAAAAGAGGGAGAAGGGAAAAGGGAAUUGGAACUGGAACUGGAACUGGAACUGGAACUGGAACUGGGACUGGGACUGGGGUGGGAGCUGGAGAAAGAGUCGGGAAAGGCUCCGGGGAAGGUGGCGGUUUUGCGGCGCGCUCUACAGGCGUUGUAAUUCGCGAGUCGCCGCAUCCGCAAGUAGCUGACCACCCCCACCAACCGCAAGGGCAUGAUAAACACCAACGCCAGGGUGAUAAACAACAACAGCAGCCACAAGAUGAUAAUCACGAGAAUGCUGGAGGAGGACAAGAAGCAGCUGAAGGGCAGCAAACACGAGGGCGGCGGGAAGGGAAAGAAAAAGCCGUCGAAGUGGUGGUGAAGAAGAAGAAGAAGAAUGCAGGCAUAUGUAACACUAAGCGUGGGACAUUGGAGGUCGGGAAGUGUGAGGAAGCCCGUGGCCGGAACUCGAUGAUGAGGCCCGCGCGGGGGCCGGGAGGGUUUAUGGCGCACGUAGUGAUGGAGGACAUUAGCAAGGGAAAAGAGAGGAUACCUAUUAGGUGUGUGAACGAGGUCAAUGACAAAGUGUUUGAGAAGAAGUUCGUGUACAUUACGCAGUCCAUCGUGUAUAAUCUGGCAACGGUUCAGCUGACUGUAGAGAGGACGAAGUAUUUCUCCUGCGACUGCGAUGACGAUUGUGCGAAGGGAGGGUACCGAUGUAAAUGUGCGGAGAGUACGCGGGGAGAAUUCGCGUAUGGAAAAGAUGGCAGGCUCGUGGACCGGCUGUGCGUGCGCGAGUUCCAGGUGGGGAAUAUGCACUCCGAUUUCAUAACGGAAUGCUAUCUGUGUGGCUGCGGAAUGAACUGUCCUAACAGAGUGGUGCAGAGGGGUAUCCGGUGGCGGCUUGAGGUGUUCAUGACAAGCAAUGGCAAAGGGUGGGGGAUUCGGACUCUAGAUCGGUUGCCCAAGGGAGCGUUUGUGUUCGAGUACGUUGGGGAAAUCGUGACCAACAGAGAACAGAUGGAGAGGAAUGUAAUGUUCAAGGCUGACCAGAUAGAGGGUUUUCAGUUGCAGUUGGAUGCGGACAGAGAGAUGGAGAACGAACAUUUCCAUGGGGGCUUAGAUGACUACGAGGCAUUGAAUCUGGACGCUACCGUGCAUGGGAAUAUAGCAAGGUUCCUGAACCAUCGAUGCCAAGAUGCGAGCUUGGUGGAGAGACCCGUGCAGAUAGAGUCGAGGGACACGCAUUACUACCACGUGGCAUACUUCACGUCGCGUGAUGUGGAGGAGAGGGAGGAGCUGACGUGGGACUACGGGUUGCAGUUCGACGGGGAAUCGGACGAGGAGGACCCGGUGUUCGAGUGCAGAUGUGGGAGUGAGUUUUGCAGGGAUAAUAGGAGGAAAGGAGGAGGGAGGGAGCUCGGCAGCAAAGGUGGGGGGGGGCAGGAGAGGGGAGGGGGGGAGGCAACGGAAGGAAGGGAGAAGAUUCGCGCACAGGGGAAAACCAGGAUAUGGAGGCCGGUGAAGGGGAAGGGCGCUCAAGCCAGCAGAGGCAGGAACGGUGGUGGUCAGGGAUCUGCGUCGUCCCCGGCAAGAUAGGCCCCUGCUACUUCGCAGCGGGGGGUCCGGAGAGAAAGGCCCUGGGAGGGUCCCUGGCAGGGCUUGGGAAGAGAUUGAAGAAGGGAGGAUUGGCCGGGUCGAUCGGUCGAGAUGAUGGCCAUGCCGUGCAUGGUCCUCUUUUUUUCCCUUCCUCUUCCCCCCCUCUCGUGUUGGCGAGCAAUGGCAUGCUGCCAUACACGAAUGCCACUGAUUCAUUGACGCCCUGGCAAGCUAUGCCAGGCCAGGCCUGGCCUCCCCUCCUCGGUUUCGUUUUUUGUUCACAAACCAACGCCGUGAUCCAUCAUCGUACAGUGGCUGGGACUCACGAUGGCUAACUGGCCGAAGAACGUGAGCGAUGACCGAGUCACGUGCGCAGUGGCGUGAGACGCUUGUCCAACGCAAUCUAGGGGAAAGACGGCUGCGUUCUGCGGGAUUAUGGAUGGGAUGGUGUCGAUACGCAAUCCAGGCAAUAAGUCCGCUCCUCUGUGGAACUCUGGAUUGAGCCUGAGGAAAGGAACAGACUUUCCGAGUCCGAUGAUGAAGCAAACGAGAAUGCAACCACAGAGACAGCAGAGAUCGGUGUCGUAGGCCCUGGGAGGACGACAGAGGGAGAGUGCAAAGUAUUGGUUGAUUGAUGACAACGUGGCCAGAGGGGAGGGGAAAAUUUGAAACUCCGCAGCAGGACCGUCCUGGAGUGAGUCCAGUGGCGCAUUUCCUGUUUUCUGUCGACGUUCGCAAUCGUUGACGGUUGGUCAAUUCCUGAAACGGUUUCACCCAGUUCGCAGGACAAUUGCAGAUCCCAGGGCUCGAUCCCUAGACCUAACCCUGGAUCCCUUGUACAGUGCCUGUUGACCCCGUGUGCUUUGAACCCGCGACCUGUCCGAAAAGUCGUCUGUCAGCAGUCUGUGUGUAUUGUCUGGUCGCGUGGACUUGAACCGUGAGUCUUAGUUUGAGCAGUCUUAGGGUCUGCCGCUUAAGUGAGCUCUUAAGUCUUACGAAGAGUCAGUCAGUCUAGGCCUAGGAGUUUCUGGAAGUCCGCAGUUGGCUCUUAGGUACUGCAGAGGUCAAUUGUCCGUAGGGGAAGACUGAUUUCUUUCAGAGAUCGCAGGGGAUGUCUGAUGCAUCUUCCCUGGGUUCAUUCUACUGUGGAGACGCGGAAGUGCGUUCCACCGCACCAGAAUUGGCCGCAAUCUGCAAUUCUAGUUUAGGGCUUUGUUUCAACUGCGAUAGAAAAUUAGAAAUGCAUUCCGCCGAUCGGAAGUGCAUUGCACCACACUAGAAUUGUAGGCCGCAACGCGCGAUGUAAAGGAGAAGCUAUGGCCACAAGCUGUUAGGAUUGCUUGUUAUUAGCGCAGUAGAACGGUAUCCCCUCAGUCUUCCACGUCUGAGAUUGCGUGUUGUUCGUGCAGUGGAACGACCCUCUCAGUCUUCCACUGUGUCGAGUGUGUGCUAGGCGUGGAAGAUCUUGUACCGUUGGUUCUCAUCAUCAGGGUGCUGUGAGGUGCGAAGACAGGUUCAGGGUGUUUCUUGCACUGUAGCUAAGCGGUGGAAUGUGGCCGUAAUUGAGGUUGGAUACACUCAAUACACUGCUGGUGUGAGUGUGCCAUCACCUACCUCAUGGGACUUCAUGACGCACAUGAUCGUCUCCGCUUUUCUAUUUGCUGUUGUUGCUUGACCGUCCUGCAGAUGCCAGUCUUACUCCGCUGCUUGGACGGGAAGAAGGUCCGUGUUGGCUCCAUCCUCUGCGUAAGCCGUGUGUGAGAAGAGGAGGGAAGGACAGGGCAGGGGCAGGGGGGAGGUGAGAAAGAAGGCAAUGGGGCAAUUUAUGAUGAGCAGCGACCAAUGGGAAUGGGACAAAGUACAGAGAACGGCAGGUUCAACAGAGCAAGGUUUUGGUACGCCUUCCAGGCUUCAAGGCUUCCGUGUGUGGUGUCUGCACAGCCCAGCUGAUGUUUUUUGUUCUUCCAAGCGGUUUUUGCCUUCACCAAAAUUAAGGUUACAGGCUCUGUCUCUCUUCCCUCCCCUCCCCCCCCUCUCCUCCCCACCCUCCUCUUUCCUUUUCGUUAGAGGAAUGUUAGUGUAUCUCCAUGGUGAAGGCAUGGGCAGGCGGGGCAAGGCAGAGGGAAGGGGGAGGGAAGAGAAGUCUUCCAGGGUCUUGCAUCUGACCCCUGGAAGCUCAAAUUCCUAUAGCGGACCAGUUAGGACUGUUGUCUUGCCCGUCCGCAGCUCGCCCGAAUGUUAUCGAUGGGCAGCCAUCGCAUAGUGGCUUGAUGGCUAUAUGCUGCGAUUAACAGAUGAAGUCUGGUUGCGUUGUACUUCUGUUGUAGUGUCCGUGGACAAUUCUUGGAUUAGCUAUUUGAUCAAGAGAUGUACUGUGUUAUGAACAAUGUUUGAGCUGUAGCAACUAUAUCCAUAGUUGUGCGAUUCGUGAGUUUUGGCUGUUCGAUGGAGACUGGGUUUGAAGUUCAAGUAUGAAACCAGAGAAAACUCUGCUUGGAAUAACUGGCCAAACUGUAGGUGAAGGGCAACAAGUUCUUGUGAAUUAGUGGAAUUAAAGUCGU